AUGGACAGCCGACUAAAUUUGGAUAAGAAGCCUCGCAAUUGGCAAUACCGCUUGAGCUUACGGUCAAGUGAAGCUUGGACGAGAUUUUGUUUAGUAGCAAUUCCAGAAGAACAAGAAGAGUUUUGUCCGUGCAUUCUACCGAUGGGAAAUAAGCUUUCUUCUUUCCACUCUUCAUGCUUUCGUACCACAACUGGAUAUGAUGUAUUUCUUAACCACAGAGGACCAGAUGUUAAGGAAAGUGUGGACAGUCUCAUCUUUCACAAUCUUCAAAACAAAGGAUUGAGGGUCUUUUUCGACAAGAACUCAAUCCAAGUUGGGGAUAACAUACCUCAAUCGAUAGAAGGUGGUAUUCACUCAGCAUGUGCUCAUAUUGUCACUUUUUCGCCUAAUUAUGCAGAGUCGGUUUGGUGUUUGAAGGAACUGCAGCUCAUCGUCAAAACAAGGACUUCCAUCAUUCCUGUGUUUUGUGGGGUUCGGCCUUCCGAGAUUCGGAUGAAGACCGAAGAGGGUGUGUACGCUCGGGCCAUUCAUAAGCAUGGUGGAAUGUUUGAGAGCCAUUUAGUUGAUGAAUGGAAGAAGGCCCUUUCUGUGGUUUCAUAUAUCAAGGGCUAUAUUUUUUAG